GCGCGCGUUUUUUUUUCUUGUUGGCGCCCAAGGAAAAUACUGGCAAUUCAAUUGCAUAACAAUACACGGCAUAACGGUAUCGUUAUCGCGCAUAUCCUCAGUCAGAUAUUGACGUGCUUACGCUAACGUGCGCUGCGACGCCUGCUCCCGCCUUGUAGUGUUUUCCGUGUCCGCAACGAAAAAAAAAUAGAUCAAAUUGGACUAUUAAAAAUUCAAGAAUAAAUCAAAAUUACGGAGCGUCAAUGCCUAAAUAAUUAAUCGAGUGUCUACCAAACGGUAUGCCGCGCCCACGUCAGAGCUGCAGUUCGCACAAAUAUCGUCGAAGUUCAUAGCAGCAGCUCUUCCAAAGUUACCCGAACGUGUUCACACAACCCACGCCCGCCCACUCGCCAGCACUGAACACAAGAAAGUUUCUGCAGCAGCUGCAUUGCGAAUGAAUGCAUGCAAAUUUUUUGCUUAUUGGCCAUUUUGUUGCCUUUAAAUUGCAUUGAACAGAAUUUACAUUGCUAACGAGGCGCAUGCCAAAAUUGCUGUUGCCGCCAAUUUAGAGACCCGGCCAUUGAACGCGCUUAUACUGAAGGCAUGGACACUGCGGCCGCCGCUGCCGCUGCCGUUGUCGUUGACCUGAGCGGCGAGUCGGUCGGCAAGUCCACUGCUAGCAAGCUGAUUAGCAAGCCCAACCCAAAGCCAAAGCCGACGUCAGGCUACGUGGCAGCAGCUGCAGCAGCAGCCACAACGCCAACUCCAUGCAGCGUGGGCAGUGAGCACGAUGCCACCAACUGCCUGGGCAGCACCGUGGAGUCAAUGUCUGCAACGCCGCCGCUAACGCCGCGGCGUACACGCGUCAUCUGCCAUGAGACUGGGGACAGCUCAGCCGGCGGCACGGCCAAUGGCGAGUCGCAUGCUCGUGCCAAAGUUAUGAACGGUCUCAAGGAUUUGGCUGGGGAGUGUAGCCAUGCGGAGAGCAUAACGCCAGCACGCGCGCCUCUAAUGCCCGCAACAUUAACGUCUUCCACGAACGCUUCCACAACGCCAAUGUCUGCCUUGCUUACAGCACCAGCAACAACAACAACAACAACUACAGCAGCAGCAACAACCACACACACGACAACCGCAGCUGCAUCGACGACAUCAACAACAACAACAACAGCAGCGACAGGCAGCAGCGGUAGCAGCGGCACAACGAGCACAUCGGCGAACAUGGACCAGCUGCUGCACUGGCAGGAUAUGCCAAAAUAUCUGCAGUUCAAUCCGUAUGUCCUCAAAGGAUACCGUCCGCUUCAGACCUUCAAGGGCUGCCUGCUCAGUCUCUUCUAUUGGCACAACGAGACCAUCAACAUACUGACGCACGCAAUACCAAUAUUUUAUAUACUGGCGAUUGUGCCGGGUCUGAUGCCAUGGGACAGUGGCUACAAGUUCCUUUCGUUUUGUCACGUAUUUGGCUCGGUGGCGCCUUGGUGCGGCAGUUUCGUGUAUCAUCUGUUUAUGAACAUUGAGAAGGGCGAGAAUGUGUACUAUACGCUGCUCAAGCUGGACAUGGUUGGAAUCUGGGUGAGCCAGAGUUUCGGUGCGUUGCCGCUGGUUACGGCGACGACGCUGUGCUUUUCUCCAAUUCUUAAGUGGUUUAUUAUUACCGCUUACUGUCUGCUCUCGCUGUGGGGUCUGUACAAGGCACUGACCGCCAGCUCACCGUGGCAGAGGCGCCUUUGCUUCGCGCUGCCCUUUGCCAUGCGCUCCGUGCUGACCUUUCUGCGCAUCCAAGGGAUGGUGGGUGGCAGUCACAUGGCCCUUUCCCAUGUCUACCUGCAGGUUGAAGUUGAUGGCGUUUCCAUAUUAGGCGGCGCUAUUGGUGCCAUGCGCAUACCCGAAAAGUGGUUCCCGGGUCUGGUCGACUUCUAUCUGAACUCGCACAACAUUAUGCAUGUGCUGGUCGUGGUGGCUGUGUACUCCAUGCACAAGGCCACAAUCAAGGACUUUGAGUGGAUGUCUACUCAGACCUGCAAUUCGCUGGCCAAUGCUACCGAACCGUCGCUGACCCAUAUGGAACUAUGACCCGCUUACUGGCUGCUACUACUCCUGCUCCUCACACUGCUGCUCUUGAUAAAGCCUCAACCACGACGCGCACCAAUCAACUGGAAAAUGGACAAGGAGCAUUCGCGGGCUGACUAGACAAAAGCCACAGCCAAAAAGGAGGGAUUGAAAAACAAAGCAAAGAAAAUGCUUCUCGAAAUAUACCGUGUAUAAAUGAGCGCGUGCUGUAACAGUAACAAUAUGAAUAAGUUUAUAAUGAAUAGUGAAUAUAUGUACAUAUGUAUAUGUAUAAUUAGUACAUACUUCGACUGUGGUAUUUAGUAUUAAGGUGACUAUGAAAUAUGAAUGAAGUGAAUUACAAAGCGCUUUCAAUUAUAACUUCUUUGCGCUACUCUCAUGCAAAGCCUCUGAGUACUAUAUGAACGAUAAUUUCAAUGAUGUUGAUACAUAUGUACCUCAAUAUGCUUACAACCAAAAAAAAACCAAAAAAAAAAAGAAUGAAAAACAAAACAGAAACAUCUAAUUUUCAAAUACUUAUAUAACUUUGUACCUCGUCGACUAUAAAAGAAAAACGAAAGUUAGGCAUUAAGAAACUUAAAAAAAAAAAUCUUCCUAGUUGAAUUACUAUAAUAUGAAAUGUCUUUAUUUGAGAAAGAAAAAAACCUCUAAUGCGUAUUUUGUGCAAUUAGUUAGAUGUAACAUUGGACAAGUGUGAACAAAAUCUUCAAGCUAAUCGCUGCUGAAUCGAAUUAGUAAAACUUCCUAAUUUUCAGCACUCCUUACGUAGCAAAAAAUAAAACUCCGAAAAUGAUAUUUGAUAAACUUUCCCUAGGUUUUAAGAGGCAGAUGUAGAAUAAUACAAUUAUAAUACGACAAAAGAAUUUGAAUAUUUCCAAAAGUUGGAACAAUUAUGAGUAAUUAGCGUUUAGUAGUUUCAAUAAUUUACACCACACCCUUUAAAGAGAAAGCUAAUAUAAUUAAUGAAACAAAAGCUAACAAUAUUAGAUGAACAAAAGCAAUAAAUCAUGAAAAUUAAAUGCUUGUAACAAGUUGAAACUCUAUUGUAAGGCGCAAUUAUAGCAUUAAUAUUAUAGAUACAUAUAUAUG